UAAUAAACCAACAGAGAGACAUCAUCAUUUUAAAUCUUUCCAAAAUAAAUUUUUGUUCCAUUAAGUAACCUGAGAUAAGUUUAUUAACGUCGAAAUAAUUUAAAGUCGUCUAGAUAUUUAUUGGCCAAAUCAGGGUUUAUAUGCCUUUUAAGACGAUGGAAAGGAGAUUGAAAAAAAUAUAUUUAUUUGGUAAAAAUUAUAUAUGUAGGUCACACCAUGCCUAGGACCCCAGAAGAGAGAGAAUUCCACUUUUAUGCAGAGCUUAAACGAAAUUUCAAGCAUAAAAAAGUACCGGCUGAUAUCCUCUUCCGACAACUAUUCUUGGCGGACCAUCAUGGUCGGACAGGAGGUGUGAUUGAGGAACUACGUUUUAUCGUAGAGGAAAUGAUCGCUCAAGGGAUUACCGACCGCCACGGGGUCCUCAAUGGAGGGGAUAUUCCUAAAGGGCAGACAGGACCCUAUGUCAGCGUCCCUAAAAUACUGCGGGAUGCUCAAAAACGAUACAAGGUUGCCCAUGCUCCUCCACCACCUCCACCCAAAAAGGAGGAAGUGAAAACCAUUAUGGUGCAAUUAAGAGCGUUGGAGAAUGUUUUUAACCGGCGAGAUAGUUCUGGAUUUCUCCGAUUUGUUCUGAGGCAUCACCCUCCCUCAAGAAAGCAACAGAAUUUGGCGACCGAUGGACUGUCCCAUCGAGUACUGAUGGCGUGGCUUCGCGCAUAUGAUCCAGAUCGACAAAUGGACGAACAACUCGAGACCGUUGUGAUAAUGGAGGAGAUUACAAAGUACCUUACCAUAAUUCUAAAACGUUCUUAACCCAUUAUGGGAAGACAUAAUUAUUAUUCAGAUCAAGCCGACUGUAACUAGUUAGUAAUACAGAGUACAAAAUAAUCAAUUUCAAAACUUUCAUUCCUUAUAUAAAUACAGUUAAUAUUAAUCUUAAGUAAUGUUCACAUGACUAUACAAUUUGCACCUUACUACUUACAACUUAAUGUUGAUUCCAGGUUCA